CUCACGAAGAAGGGCCGCCAUGUAACUGUAAAAGACUGUAAAAGACUCAAGUAGAGAGAAAAGAAGUGAUGCAAUAUUUAAACAGUUUAAGUUCAAAUGACGAACAAAAUGCAUAUUUGGCAGGAUUAAUGUCUUUAGUGCCAGUACAAAGGAGACGAAAUCGUCAAGAAGAAGGUAAUGCUAUGUUUCACGAUAAUUAUUUUAUGUACAAAGUUAGGAAUAAAGGUGGCGAUAAAGCAGAAGAAGUGAACGUCUGUUUUAAAAACUUCCAGUCAAUCCAUGGCAUAAGUAAAGGCAAAGUUGAAUAUCUGCAAAAAAACUUUAAAGUUACAGGAACUACGGGGAAAGACAAGCAUGGUGAGCAUAGUUCAAGCCACGGAGAUUGAGUCAAACAACUUUUGAUACAGUAUUCAAUCACAUAAAUGCAUUUACAAGCAGAUUAUGCCAUUACAGUUUGCACGAUUCCAAGAAAAAGAAUUUGCCAGAGGAUCUGAACAUCACGAAAAUGUAAAAGCUUUAAAGAAAAGUAUCCAAUUGUCACUGUAACAUAUAAAGAGAUUUUCAAGAUGUUUAUAAAAGAAAAACCCGUUCGAUUCGGAUUCAAAUUAUGGUGUUUAUGUUCAUCUGAUGGACAUUUUUUUACAUUCAUACCUUAUGGUGGAGCGAGA